AUGGUCAACGGGUAUUGGCGGAUUAUACCGCCCCUGUCAUUCACCAAUAUCUUGCGGCCGAUUGAGGGUCUUCUAUCGUCAAUGGCCAAAUUCUACAAGCGGAGCAAUCCCAUCUUUGACGAUGAUCACCCACGAUCGAUCAUCCGCAGCCAUCUCUUACCACCCGGUGAUCCUGAAGCACCCGAAUGGUGCUUCGUCCAACUGUUCACCCGGCCGGAAUGGGACGAAGUCUACUUUUACCAGCAUCCCAACGUGGAGUUUUCUCGCUACAUAUUGGUGCGCGAUGACGAUCGACAUCAUAUGCUGGUCGUUGAAAUCUGGGACGUCGACGACUUUUUGUGGAGAAGACGAGGACGCCUUCAUCAUCAUAACGACGCCCUUUACGGACGGUUUAACCGAAUAUUUGUCCCCAACCUAUUUAUUGAACCAAAUUCAAAAGAAAUUUGGAAUAUAUAUCUCGGAUAG